CCCUUCUGCAGCACACAAAAGCAGCAUAUUAUUAGCUGUCUUAAGACAGCUAAGCCGUAGCCAGCUGUGAACUGGAAAUAAUAAAAUACCUUGGAGGCAGGGCACAGAGCAGACAGUAAUGGUAGAGGACUGGCAGCAGCAGCAGCAUUAGCAGAAUACAAAUAACUACCAUCAUUUCCCAAACAAAAGAGCCCCUCUGCGAUUGUGGGGAGGCGUUUUUGUGGGUGACCCAUGCAUCCACACUUUACUAAGACAAGAAAACAGUUUCCCUCUGCAUUUGUAUUGAAAACCCACCAUUCUGAGAUGCCUUUAUAGAGCAAGGAAUGCACAACUGGAUUAUUGAAGUGUUCUUCUUUGUUCCUUGGUAACGAGAAGAGACGGGCAGACGACAACUUUCUUUCUCCAAGUGUCAUCCCUUCAAGCACCAUAAUGGGAACCACAGAGGCCACACUUCGGAUGGAAAAUGUGGAUGUGAAGGAGGAAUGGCAGGAUGAAGAUUUCCCCAGACCUCUUCCAGAAGACACAGGGAUGGAAUCCCUCGGCAGCCCCACCGAAGACACGUCCUCUCCGCCAAACACCUUAAACUUCAAUGGGGCACAUCGCAAACGAAAGACUCUUGUAGCCCCUGAGAUUAAUAUUUCCUUGGACCAAAGUGAGGGUUCCAUCCUGUCUGAUGACUUCCUGGACACCCCCGAUGAUCUAGACAUCAACGUGGAUGACAUUGAGACCCCUGAUGAGACAGAUUCUCUGGAAUUUUUGGGAAAUGGCAAUGAGCUGGAAUGGGAAGAUGAUACCCCAGUGGCCACCGCCAAGAACAUGCCUGGAAACAGUGCGGAUCUCUUUGGAGACGGGGCAGCUGAAGAAGGUAGUGCCACCAACGGGAGACUGUGGAGGACAGUAAUAAUCGGGGAGCAGGAACAUCGAAUCGACCUGCAGAUGAUCAAACCCUACAUGAAGGUGGUGACCCAUGGAGGGUACUAUGGUGAAGGCCUGAACGCCAUCAUUGUCUUUGCAGCCUGCUAUCUUCCAGACAGUAACUCAGCAGAUUACCAUUAUAUAAUGGAAAAUCUCUUCCUGUAUGUGAUCAGCAGUUUGGAGCUUCUGGUCGCUGAAGACUACAUGAUUGUGUAUCUGAAUGGCGCUACGCCCCGUCGGAGGAUGCCAGGGAUUGGCUGGCUGAAGAAAUGUUACCAGAUGAUUGACAGGAGACUACGGAAAAACCUGAAAUCAUUAAUAAUUGUACAUCCCUCUUGGUUCAUACGGACAGUGUUGGCUAUCUCCAGACCCUUCAUCAGUGUGAAGUUUAUCAAUAAGAUCCAAUAUGUACACAGCCUGGAAGAACUGGAACAGAUCAUCCCCAUGGAACAUGUCCAAAUCCCCGACUGUGUCCAACUAUAUGAAGAAGAACGAAUCAAGGCCAGAAAAGAAAGGGCAGAAGAGAAACAACAUGCUGAGGAGAAGGAAAGGUCUGUGCUGGUUACGGAAGAUCAAGAAACAAGUGUUCUCCCCUGGACAAUCACCUACAAUUUAUACCUCUUGCUGAAGAGACAAGACGCUGAAGAGACAAGAAAUUGGAACAAGUCCCCAGGUUCCCCUAGCUCCUCCUUCAAAAUCUUGAAGAGUAAAUUUCCCAGCGACAAGAGAAACACUGUGCCUCAAAGGUAGGGAGAACACCCACUCUUGGGCACUUGAAAAUCUUCCAGAGGCUCAGUGACCAUAGUGUUUUGGUUUUCGAGUCAGAAGAAUGUUUUGAGUGGAUAAAUAAAGGAAUUUUAACAAGUCUGAGGUGGAGAUGUUAUCAGUAGACCUCUUUCUGCAGCCUGUACAAACUGUCAUAUGGAGCUAUUCAAACAGUACUAGCAAGCCUUUAAUCAAGCCCUACAGUUUAAGUAUAUGGAAUUCUUAGUGCUCAAAGGUGCAUUUCACUGACUAGCUGCUGGACCUUCUGCCCAGAGCCCCAAUAAUCACAUGUCAUUUUACCCCUGAAUCCCUCCCAUUGAAUUCUGUGGUUUAAGACCACACGAGGGCAGUGUGGCAAAGCAAGGAUUUCUGCACCACAGCGGUUACUUUCCACAUAUCCCAGUGUUUCCAGGUGAGACCUGCUCUCCAGAUUUUCCCCCACAAAGGAUGGGCACAGCGUCAACUAGUUCGAAAUGUAGCCAUAGGCGUUGUUUUUUUCACAUUCUCGUUUCCGGCCAACUUCCUGUCACCGAAUGGACUGACGCUCAGUGGGAUGUAGACAUGAUUUACUAAGUGUACACAUGCCCAGAGAGCCGGAAAAAUCCUUUCGGGUCACCAAGAGAGCAGACCGGGGCCGGCCCAAGCUACAGGUGACGCGGGCGACAGCCCGAGGCACCAUGUCAUUUGGGGUGCCUCAGAGUCGACGCCAUCUGCAGCACCGGCACCCAGCCGCUAUCUGAACAAGAGCGAGUUGAACAAAUGUGACCUUCGAACCAGAAUACCUGGGGCCAUCUCUGUAACGGAAGUUCAGAGUGUCAUUAAGUUCCUGAAGCGCUCACGAGCCACAGCCAUUCCAGGGGCUUUGAGCCCCUGGGGAAACUACUGUGCAGGAGGCUUUUUGACUGCCAGCUCAGGAUCCCCCUCCAGGUCACCACAUUUAGCUGCCGUAUCUACCGGGCGGCUGCCAGUUUAACCGUAGCCCCUUUCUUCUUUCCCACAAUGGAACUGCCCCCAAACCAGGCCCCUUUUAAUUUUAUUUUUUUAAUUCACAUCUUUAUUUAUUAGGCAUUUGUGAAUUUACGUCGGGUUUUCUCUGUUGGCCGGCCACCUGUUGUGAAGAGGCGGGCUGUGAAAAUAGUUUGGGAGAGAGGACCUUAGAUCAUGUGAUUAGAAAGUGUGCUUUAAAUCACAACUGUGAAACACCAGGACUCAUUGCUCAUUUUCAAGUUGGAGCAUUUGGGGAAAAUAGAGGGACUAAGAAAGCCUUCUGCAGAAAAAUGGAGCCAAUGAGGCACUGUCCAAAAGGCCACUGAUCAUAUAGGAAUACAGCAGAAUUCUGUAGUCUCUCCUGGCAGAAAUUCAUGUACUUUGAUUUUUCUUUCAAUUUGAUGUUCCUCUACACCAGUAACCUUCUGCAUUUUGAGUGGAAGGAGAGCAAACUGUAAACUGGACAAAGAGAUGACCGCUUCAAGGAUUAUUUUGAAGGCCUUUGAAGAUACAAACACAGUGACCUGUUUCACCUCCGAGUAGCCAAAUGGUCUCACCACAAGGGUUGCCAACUACCCGUAGAUUCAUGGACAAUCUAAAGUUGGCCGUGUCUAUAAAGUCCAUAGAGACACUUGAAUGUCUGUAAAUAUGGACAGCCUCCAUACCCGGCUAGCGACAGGAGGAAACCUGGGGGCAUCGUUGCUGCCGUGGAUCCUAGAGAGGACACGGAGAGGCAUGAAGCGUCCAGAGUAGGGCCGGGCCCAUGGUAGCUAGGCUCAUAGCCAGAGCCUUCUCCUUCCCCUUACUUUGACCCCAGCACCCUCUCAGUCCACUCCACAUUCUUCCUCAAGGUGGGAUUUUGGGACUGGGCCCACAGAGUCCAAAGCCAGUCCGGACCCAGAAUGGGGAGGGACACAGAGUGUUGUGGAUGGCUUUGGGUCGAGGCUCUUGCACCCACAGGGUCACUGCCCACCAAGGAGAGGGUGGUGGAGGGGGAUAUCACCAUACCCCCAUUGUCCCAGGGUGGACCCAGGCUCUGAUGGGGGCACGAAAAGGACAGGGGAGUGUGAAUUUGGUUCCCUACAGAAUCAGGUUCCCUGCAGUUAUUGCGGUUGAUUCUGACUCAGGGGCAACUAUCUUGGUCUCUGCCACUCCUCAUGGUGGGAGGGAAAAGCAGGACCAUUGUAUGGGUACCUUGGGCCCUACCUCAGUUUCCCUGUCCAAAACUUAAGGAGAAAAGUGGGGGAGAGAGGAAAAAGGCAACACUGAUCCCCAAAAUAGGGCUACAUAGUGUUGCGUGGAAGAGUUGCGGAUCAGUAGAGUGCGGAGCAGUGUAGCCCCGGGAAGCGGAAGAUGCAGCUGCCUGACUUGGGAGCCAUCCCAAACAGCAAGCGUCUGUCCCACGAGACCAAAUGCCAAGGCCAGCCAGAGAGGCGGUGGACUCCAGGGACCGAGAGAUUCAGCGAAGUAAGGGCCCUCAGGUCCCAGACCCUAUUAAGGCAUAAGAAGGAUUAGGUGGGGUGGAGGAAGGUAGGCGGAAGGGCAGUGGGAGCAGAACAAUCCUUCCUGCAACUCCUAGGCCCUGCCCCUUUGAGGCCCCGGUGGGGCCACUGCUGCCAUCUCAUUUAAAGCUGAAGAGUGUUCCAACCGCUGAGAAUGAGUUGUACAAACUUCUGAUCUGUCAAUAAAAGAAAAAUUUGAAGUUCAA